AUGGAUAGCCAGCGAUGUCCAAGAAGGCCAGGCUUUGGCUCGAAUUGGCCUAGUGACCCGCCUAAACAAAUCACAGCGAAGAAAAAAUAUGCCGGCGGCCACGCCCUUGCUAAAAGUGUUCGCUCAUCCUUGGGGUCGGGGCUGACAAUUGCAAAAGCAGGCAGCAUAUCGUCCGUCAUUCGCGAAAAUAUUUUAAUAGACCAACACCACCCGAUCAUUCAAGACGGGGUAGAAACGCUCUGGAAGCAGAGGCUACUGUGUGACGUAGUCAUAAAAGUUGAAAACAACAAACAGUACAAAGCACAUCGCCUCAUUUUGGCCUCAUGUUCUGACUACUUCUUUGAUUUCUUCACGAAAGAUGGCGCUGAAUUUACCAAGGACAGAGAGGGUCGAAUUGAAGUAGCAAUCUCGGGUGUGAGCGACGACUCGGUCAAGUCAAUUAUCGAAUGUCUUUACACUGGAAAAAUAACAUUAGGAGAAGACAAUAUCAAAGAUAUUCUCAGCGCGGCAAAUAGGCUGAAAAUUUUCUUCAUCGUUGGCGCAUGCGAAAUAUUCUUAGUAGAUCGUGUGGACAGGAACAAUUGCCUGCACAUGCUUUAUUUAUCGUCUGCGUUUGAACUGCAAGACUUGCAAAACAAGUCGCUGAAAAUCGCAUCCGAAAACUUCAUUGAAUUAUCAGAAACGUGCGACUUUAAUCAGCUCAAUGUGAGGCAUUUGACUGCCAUUCUCGGUCGCGAUGACCUCUUGGCGGUAAGCGAGUUGGAGGUCUUCUACCGCGGUCUCCGCUGGUUGGAGUACGACCGCCAGUCCCGUCUGCAGUACGUCUUUAACGUCUUCCGAAAUAUUCGACUGCCGCUUCUCUCUCCUUCAGACAUUGUUGACCACGUUGAAUCCGUCUCAUUUCUUAUUAAUGAUCCACGCUGUCAAGAUCUUGUGAAGGAAGCCCUCCAUUACCAUUGCCUGCCGGCGAGGCAAAGCAUACUGCAGAGUACCCGGACAAACCCGCGCGGUUGCAUAAAGCAGGACUGCUUACUCGUGAUAGGAGGCGCACCAAGACUCAAGUCGGACCUUGUCAACACAUCGAUUAGUUACUUAGACACUGACAAGGGCCAAUGGUAUCUAUUGACGAAUAUGCCAGGACCCAGGCACCACCAUGCUGUGGCUGUUCUCGGUGGCUUCCUUUACGUGGCGGGAGGAGAGGAGAACAACGACCAACAGUCUCCCCUGAACACGGCUUACAGGUACGACCCGAAGACUGAUGCCUGGCUCAAGAUCGCCAACAUGAAGCAUCGAAGGGAAAGCUUCGAGUUGGGCGUCCUCAGUGGCAUGCUGUAUGCGAUCGGUGGGCGCGUAGAUCAAAGGAAAUCACUGGCUUCAGUAGAGCGGUACAACCCAUCAGUGGACCAAUGGGAACCAGUGGCAGGUUUGGGUAGUCCAAGGAGGAGCGUGGCAGUGGCUACCCAUAAUGGAAGACUCUAUGCCAUUGGCGGGUCAGGUGAAAGGCGCAUAUCAAGUCGUGUCGAGCGGUACAACCCCUUACUCAAUAAAUGGGAAUCAAGGCGCUCAUUGACGACGCCGCGCUUUUUCGCCAAGCUCGCAGCGGUUGAUACGAAGCUUUACCUGGUAGGGGGUGCAACAUUGGACCAGUCCGGGACCGUAACGUGUGUGGCUGAGGUUGAAUGUUACACGCCAUCAUCAGACAGCUGGACAACCGUCAAGCAGCUGCUUGAGCCACGAGCAGAGUUCGGCUGCGCUGUUGUCGGAGAAAAAAUCUUCAUCGCCGGCGGUUACAGCUGGGAUAAAAACGUCAGACUGUCGUCGGUAGAAAUGUACGAUUUUUCCAAAAACACUUGGGUGGGAUCACAAUCUAUUGAUACGCCUUAUACUGGCAUUGCUUGUUGUGACCUGACGUUGUAUAUGCCGGUGAAAGGAGGCCAGUUGGAGGCAAUGCGUCAAGCAAGCAAGCGCGAGGCUGCGAAGUCCGGCGCCACACUAUCUUCGGCGGAGUCCUCUGAUCACAGCGUCGAGCCCAGUGCAAGCGCGCCGGUUGUCAACGCAUGA